GUUAGUUGUUUCCGGUCGGAGCUGUUUUUGUGACGGACACGUGCUGUUGUUCUGCAACAAGCUAACGCUUGUAUCCAAGUUUAUAUAUGUUGAAAGCAGAGUUAAAGUACACGAGGUGACAUGACGACCUCGCUCGACCAGUCGGCUCCGCUCGUCUUGGACUUGGAGCCAGGAUUGGGGAGGUCUGCAGCCAUGCUGGGACUGUCCGCUGGACUGGGCGGAGCCGAGAUGGAGCUGCAGAAAAGGCUGAUAGACGAGAGGAUCACGUCUGAGAACCACAAGAAGAACUACCAGACCCUAAAGGCCCACCACAGCAGCCUGCAGGAGGAGUGGUCGCGGGCGCAGAGGGAGCUGAAGCGUCUGCAGGAGGAGCAGCAGACGCAGCAGCAGCUGCUGGAGGAGCUGCGAGGACAGCUGCUGGACAAAUCCAGAGAGGUGGAGGAGCUGCGGCUGCAGCAGGUGAUGACCCCCCAUCGUCUGGAGCUGCUCAGAGCCCAGGUGCAGCAGGAGAUGGAGGCUCCAGUCAGAGAGCGCUUCAACCAGCUGGAGGAGGCGGAGCGUCAGUCUCUGCGUCAGCAGCUGGAGCGUCUGGAGGGAGAGCUCCGUCUGAGCCACGAGCAGGACGCUGAGCUCAGCAGGAGGCUGCACAAAGCUGAGAGAGAGACCACCAGGCUGACCGCUGAGAUUGAGAGCCUGAAACACGCUCAUCAGCUGGAGCUGGCCCAGCUCAGACUGGACUGUUCUCGCUCCACAGGGGAGCUGGAGCGACACAGAGACUCUCUGCAGGGACAGCUGGACGCUCUGCAGGCACAGCUGGAAGUUCUGACAGCAGCUGCUGAGCAGCACCAAGAGCUGCUGCUGGAGAAGGACAGGGAGGUGGUCCGGAGGGUCCGCUCCACUCGGGAGGAGGAGCUCCGCAAGACGGUGACCCUGCAUGAAGAGAAAGGAAACAGCUGACAGAAAGCAAAGAGAGGAAACUGAAGGACAAGAUCCAGCUGCUGGAGGCCAGAACCGUGGAUCUGGAGCUGGAAGCUGCUCAGAA